CUCCCACUGCAACUCCCAAACUUUGGUCCGCCAUGUCUUCUUCCGUCUCCUCCUCCCAUCACCACUGCGCCCGCCGCCUCCCCGCCCCGACGCCCCGGGUGCACCUCGCCGCAGCUGACUUGUGCGCGUCCCCUUACCGCAGUCGCGUCGGUUCCCUGAGGGCAGUGAGAGCCGAGCCGCCCUCGAGCGUGGCGCCGGUGGGGGGUAGGAAGGCUGCGGCGGUGCAGGCGGAGAUGGUAGAGGCGGCGGCCAUGUGGUGUGCCAUGCACGGACUCGUCGUCGGCGACCGCGGCAACCCGAGAUCUGGAACAGUCCCAGGUGUUGGUUUGGUUCAUGCUCCAUUUUCGCUACUUCCAACACGUUUUCCAGCAUCUUUUUGGAAGCAAGCAUGCGAACUGGCUCCUAUUUUCAAUGAGCUUGUAGAUCGUGUGAGCUUGGAUGGGAAGUUCUUGCAAGGUUCUUUGUCUAGAACAAAGCAGGUUGACGAUUUCACUGCUAGGUUGUUAGAAAUUCAUGCAAAGAUGAUGGCAGUGAACAAGAAGGAGGAUAUCCGCUUAGGGUUGCAUCGAUCUGACUACAUGCUUGAUUCUGAAACAAAUUCUCUUCUUCAAAUUGAGCUCAACACCAUCUCAACAUCAUUUCCUGGUCUAGGCUCUCUUGUGAGCGAACUUCACAGGAGCUCACUUAAUCAAUAUGGUGAAGUCUUAGGUCUUGAUUCUGAAAGGAUUCCUCGGAACUGGGCAGCCAUUCAGUUUGCUGAAGCAUUGGGCAAGGCAUGGGUUGAGUAUAAUAAUGAAAGCGCUGUAGUUAUGAUGGUUGUUCAAGCUGAAGAAAGAAAUAUGUACGACCAGUACUGGCUCAUCAAUCAUUUGAAAGAAUCGCAUGGUGUGAUGACCAUUAGGAAAACUUUGGCACAGGUGGAGGCCGAAGGACUAGUGCUUCCGGAUGGAACACUUGUGCUAGAUGGACGACCUGUUGCUGUUGUGUAUUUCAGAGCUGGGUAUGCACCGACUGAUUACCCUUCAGAAGUGGAAUGGAGUGCAAGGCUUUUGAUUGAACAAUCAUCUGCUAUUAAGUGCCCUUCAAUAUCCUACCAUUUAGUCGGAACCAAAAAGAUCCAGCAAGAGCUAGCAAAACCUAGUGUUCUUGAAAGGUUCCUUGACAACGAGGAAGACAUUGCCAAGCUACGUAAAUGCUUCGCAGGGUUAUGGAGCUUGGACAAUGAAGAAAUAGUGAAAUCAGCAAUAGAAAAACCUGACUUGUUUGUCCUGAAACCUCAACGAGAAGGUGGAGGGAACAAUUUGUAUGGUCAUGAUUUGCGAGAAACACUGAUCAGACUAAAGAACGAACAGGGAGAGGCGCUUGCGGCUUACAUUUUGAUGCAGCGGAUUUUUCCGAGAGCUUCUCUUACUCAGCUUGUCCAGGGCGGUGUCUGCUUUGAGGAACUUUCAAUCUCUGAGCUUGGAAUAUUUGGAUCCUACCUGCGGAACAAAGAUAAGGUAGUCAUUAAUAACCAAUGUGGUUACUUGAUGCGCACCAAAGUUUCUUCAUCAAACGAAGGCGGAGUUGCUGCAGGAUUUGCUGUUCUGGACAGCAUUCUCCUCACAGAUGAGUGAGAUAGGAAGGUGGCAGGGUUACAACUUACAAGUCACUGGUGACAGCAUGCACCGGAUGAGGAACUGAACUUGCAGACAGUUGGAUGAAUGUUGGAACUCUCAUCUCCGCAUCAAGUCCCUUCCGUCUGCAGGCAUAGGAACAGAUAAUGCAUGUGCAGCUUUCCCUGUGCAAAAUAUGAGGUGGAAUAUGCCUUGGAAAGGUCAGAUAGAUUAGUCAUGUUCAUGUACUUAUUUAGUACUCCCUCCGUCCGGAAAUACUCGUUGGAGGAAUGGAUGUAUCUAGAUGUAUUUUAGUUUUAGAUACAUUCAUUUUUAUGCAUUUCUCCGACAAGUAUUUCCGGACGGAGGGAGUACUGUAGUACCAAGUGGGAAUUGGGUCUGGGGACAAAUCAUCAUAAUUGUUUCACUGAACGAUAAAUGUAUCUUCCGAACGAUCGGAAACUCGCAA